UAAUGAUAGUUUUAAAUAAUUGCAUACAAAAUUGAGGAAAACCCUCCCGCAAGGUUUCCGCGUUCUUUCUCUGCACAUUCAUUCGCCGAUCACUUUAUUUCUUCCUCCUCGUUUCUCUAGUAAUAAUACAGCUCUAUUACGGAAUCUUCAUAAAAUACCAGAAAAAAUGAGCAUAUUCUCCCGAAAACCUAACCCUAGAGAGGCUCUUCGAGAGAGCAAGCGAGAAAUGCAACACGCGACCAGAGGUAUAGAGAAGGAAAUUGGAUCACUGCAAUUGGAAGAGAAGAAGCUUGUUGCUGAGAUUAAGAGAACUGCUAAAACUGGAAAUGAGGGAGCGACUAAAAUUCUGGCACAGCAACUAAUAAGGCUUAGGAAACAAAUAGCUAAUCUACAGGGUAGUCGUGCUCAAAUAAGAGGCAUAGCCACUCAUACACAGGCUAUGCAUGCACAGUCCUCAGUUGCUGUUGGCAUGAAAGGGGCUACUAAGGCAAUGGCAGCUAUGAGCAAGCAAAUGGACCCUACAAAGCAAGUGAAGGUUGUACGGGAAUUUCAGAAGCAGUCAGCACAAAUGGACAUGACUACUGAAAUGAUGUCUGAAGCCAUUGAUGAUGCCUUGGACAAUGACGAGGCUGAAGAAGAAACUGAAGAGCUGACAAAUCAGGUGCUAGAUGAAAUUGGUAUUGAUGUUGCUUCACAGUUGACGGCAGCUCCAAAAGGCAAGGUUGCUGGAAAAAGUACAGCUGAUGCCAACAAUUCGGGCAUUGAUGAACUUGAGCAGCGGUUGGCAGCUCUCAGAAAUCCAUGAGCUGAGGACUUCAAACCGAGCCCCAUUUGAUUGUCUUUCUGCUUCUUCUGCCUACAGUUUAUCCCUGCAAGUUCAUAUGCUGUCAGAUAGUCUUGGCUUUGUAAAUGUCAUUCUGAUAGGUUACUCAGUAUGGAUUUUCUAGUUCAUUAUUGUACCUUUGAUAUUUAUAUUUGAUAAUUUGAGUUUGAAUUUCAAUUAA